GGCAACACGGUAUUUCUGGCGCCCACAGUCACACCGAAUCCUACGACUAAAUAAACUUUUAAGCAGUAAAAUCAAUGAAAUAAGUGAAAAACCGGCAGUGCGAAUAAACGGAGAAACAGAAAUAAACGCAGAGCAGCACAACAUGGCAAAUCUCCUGGAGAACCAACUGUUCACGGCGGCCAAGACGAUCGAGCAGCAGCUGGACCAACAGCUGGACCGCCUGGACAACCUCGACUCGGAUGACCUGAAGGCUUUGAGGGAGCAGCGCCUUCGCGAGAUGAAGGACCUGAACAACAAGAAGCAGGAGUGGCUCAGAAACGGCCACGGCACCUACACCGAGCUGGCCGACGAAAAGGAGUUCUUUGAGAUGUCCAAAAAGUCGCCGAAUAUUGUGUGCCACUUUUACCGCGACAGCACCGAGCGCUGCAAGAUCGUGGACAUGCAUCUGAAAAUCCUGGCCGCCAAGCACGUGGAGGCCAAGUUCUGCAAGGUGAACGCCGAAAAGACCCCCUUCCUCACCCAGCGGCUGCGCAUCAAGGUGAUACCCACCAUUGCCCUGGUGAAGGACAGCAAGACCAAGGACUUUAUUGUCGGAUUCACCGAUCUGGGCAACUGCGACGACUUCGCCACGGAGAUGCUCGAGUGGCGCAUUGCCCACUCGGGAGCCAUCGACUACAAGGGCGAUCUGAUGCAGCCGCCAGAUGUGAAGCGCAAGCCAUUCAUCAACCGCCCACAGAAGACAAUACGCGGCGGCUACGACUCGGAUGACUCCGAUAUCGAUCUGGAUGACUAACUACGGGCAGGCCGGCCCACACUGUCGAUUCCCCCAGCUCCAGUUCCA